UAAUUACAAUUAAAAAAAAAUGAAAAAUAGAAAAGGAGAAAGACACCUCUCUUAAACAAGCCCCGCAAGGGACUGUUGCGUAGAGACAGUUGAAACAAGACUGGGUGAAGGAGAGGUGGUGUUUCGGUUGUCUCUCUCUCCAGUCCUCUCCUGGUGGGUCGUAUCUUCUCCGGCUCGUCUCCCUCGGUUGAUAUGGCCGGCGAUCUAGGUCAAUAAUCUCAACGAAAAAGUUAAGCUCGAUGAGCUGAAGAAGUCGCUGAACGCAGUGUUCUCGCGGUUCGGGAAGAUAGUGGAGGUGUUGGCGUUUAAGACAUUGAAGCACAAAGGGCAAGCUUGGGUUGUGUUCGACAAUCCCGAACCUGCUUCCAAUGCUAUUUCCAAGAUGAAUGGAUUCCCCUUCUACAACAAACCCAUGAGAAUACAAUUUGCAAAAAGAAAAUCAGAUGUUAUUGCCAAGGCCGAUGGUACUUUUGUUCCUCGCGAGAAACGAAAGCGACAGGAGGAGAAAGGUGAAUGGAUCAAGAGACUUGAGGAAGGGUCAUCAGAGAGAGGAGUACGCAGCAAUACAGGUUGUUCCAGAUGCGACCAACACGUGAGACUUGCUGGUGGUUCGUUCCUGAAAGUUUCUUCUCAUCUUCAAGGUCGUCUAAUGCAGAGCUCUCAUGACGGCGAAAGUGGUGACACUCGCAUGCUUAUAUUGCUUGCUCGAGAAGACUAAUACACUAAGCCGAAAUGAUUUACAGUGAUUCAGUCUCCUCGAAACAGAGAUCAUCUCAUCGAGCAGUAACAAAACCGAAUACGACACAUUCAUCUAGAAAUAGAUUUUCAACGUCCUCUUUCAGCAAUGAGAGGCGGUUUUCGAGAACGCGAGUGCUCUGCUAAAUGCAUGAAAGCAAGUAUGGGGAAAAGAGUUUUUUCGUUAACACUUGGCAUCAUAUUAAAGUUUCAUCGCUUUGUCGUCUCUACGGAUCUGUCGACUUAAUAGCGAUAGCUCAGAUGGGUUAACGUUUUUAACAUAAACGUAUCGCUUUGUCGUCUCUACGGAUCUGUCGACUUAAUAGCGAUAGCUCAGAUGGGUUAACGUUUUUAACAUAAACGUAUAGAUGAAUAAAGAAUCUUAAUUGAUGCUA